AUGAACGGGAGAGGGCUGAGCGGAGUAGAGAGGGAGUACAUAAGGCAGCACCAUAAUCAUGAGGUCGAGGAUAAUCAGUGCAGUUCCUUUCUCAUCAAGCACAUAAAAGCCCCUGUGAAUCUCGUCUGGUCUUUGGUGAGGAGGUUUGAUCAACCACAAGGGUACAAGCCAUUUGUAAGCCGUUGUGUUGUGCAGGGGAAUCUUGAAAUUGGCAGUCUGAGGGAAGUUGAUGUGAAGUCGGGUCUUCCUGCCACUACCAGCACAGAGAGGUUAGAACUUCUUGACGAUGAAGAGCAUAUACUCAGUUUCAAGAUCAUUGGUGGAGACCACAGACUUAGAAACUACUCUUCCACCAUAUCUGUUCAUCCAGAAGUCAUUGAAGGCAGACCUGGGACCACGGUGAUUGAAUCGUAUGUAGUGGACGUGCCUGAAGGGAACACCAAGGAUGAAACUUGCUACUUUGUUGAUGCACUGAUCAAGUGCAAUCUCAAAUCGCUUGCUGAUGUUUCUGAAAGACGUGCUGUGCAGGACAGGACUGAGCCCAUCGACCGCGUAUAG